AUGGCUGCCAUUGUUCCUGCCCUGGCCCGUCUCCACCCGGCACUGGCCAUCCUGGGCAGUGAUGCCCAAUGCCACAGCCUGGCCCCCUGGUAUUUCCUCCUGGGCCUCCGCCUCGUUGCUCUCUUUGUGGCUGGUGGACCGUGGGCUUCGGUGAAACCAGAGCUGGCCUGUAACUGGACCUCGGUCAAUGGGGACUCCCAACCGUUCUGUGCCGCCCUGCGCUACAACCAGCGCUUCCGAGCCCCCAUCUCCUCAUUCUGGGGCUUCGCCUUCCUCGCCACCCUGCUCCCCAUGGGCCUCAUGCUGCUGAUUCAUGCCCAGUUCAGCCAACGGGCUGCGGCCAGAGGGGACAAGGAGUCAGCAGGACCAACUGAUGCAACCAAUAUGGCCGCCAAACCCAACAUGGCUGCCAAAACCAAGCUGGCUGGAGAGCCCAAUAUGGCCACUGGAGCCAACUGGGUUGACAUAAUUAAUAUGGACUCUGAGUCCCAACGGGUUGGCCAGUCCAAGAUGGCCACUCCAGGAGCUAAGAUGGCUGCCUGCUCAGCCUGGCGCUCCCCAGCAUUUGGUUUAUGCGUGGUGCUGCUCCUGGCUACUGAGCUGGGCUUCUUGUGGGCUAUGCUGGCCCUACAGUUACCCUUGGUGUCAGGGGCCUACUUCCAGUGCCGCCCUGGGGCUCCCCCCUGCCCCCCGGCCCUGGAGUGUGCCCUGUCGGGGCAGGCAGACAAGAAGAUGGCGCUGGUGACUCUGGCCUUCACAGCCUGUGUCAAUAUAGCCUCCUGUCUUGCCUAUGGGUGUGACGAAGUGGGACUGUUCUUAAUGUUUCCUCUGAAUAGUGUGUGGGUGCCUCAGUUUCCCCUAGGCAGUUCUUAAGUAUCUAGGGGGUGGAGUAAGGGUGUAUGAUCAUUGCAGAGCCCUAGAGGGCAUGGAGGAGUCUGGACACAGAGAAUGGCCGACACCCUGUUUCCUGGGAACUGAUGGCCUGGGCCCUUCCCCCCCUGCAAGGUGAGAGCUGAAGGGUUGGAGAACAAAGGAAUCAGGUGACCACCUGGCCCGGGAAAGGAACAAAGCCCAGAGGAGGAGGGGCUGGAGGGGGUUUUCAGUUUGGGGCUGGCUGGGACAUGGAGUGAAGUGCAGACGUGGUUGUCUGGCUCACUGCCCCCAGAAUGGACCCAGCUGAGGGGUCCCGUUCUCUGCACCUGCAAGCUCUGUUUUAGACCAUGUUCCUGUCGUCUAAUAAACCUUCUGUUUUACUGGCU